AUGGGCAGGCUAGGUGAACAGAUUGACAGCUACCUGACUAACCGCCGAGAAUUCAAGCGGUAUCGUCAACCCUUUGGCGAGCCCGGUGCCAGACGUUCUGUGGAAGCGGGCGCAAUAAAAUCACUGAAGGUCGAAGGAUGUGAUCGAGCGCCAUGUGUCGUGAAAAUGGACGGUAUAAUCAAUGCCACAAUGGACAUUCUAUCUCCGCGUGAUAUCGAGGAUCCGAAGUCACGUGUUUUCUUUUAUAUGGCGUCGGAACCGUCGGUCUCGAUCAAGGAGGAGCAGUGGGAUAUUAUGUGUGGUCAGAAUAAAAAAUGUUCAUUCAAAAAGCAAAAGAAAUAUGCUGUUUUCGUGGAAACACCACCAGUGCAAAGAGAUUUUUGCUUGGAAGCUUUUGGACGGGAAGAGUGUCGUCUUUUGUGUCCGUUGGGAUAUCAAAGUAGUCUGAAGGUGCAAAUCUGUAACUAUGUGUUGCGAGGAAAAGAAUCUUUGCGAUAA